AUGCGUUGGCGUGCUGCAGCAGUAGGGGGGUUGCUGCAGCAGCAGCAGCAGCAGCAGCUGCAGCAGCAGCGUAAUUUAUCUUUACAUGAAUACCAAUCUCUCAAUCUGCUGCAGCAGUUCAACGCUCCCGUCCCCCUAUACAGUGCAGCAACAACCCCUGACGAAGCCUACGCAGCAGCAGCAAAGCUCCUAGAACAGCAGCAGCAGCAGCAGCAGCAGCAGGAGCAGCAGCAGCAGCAGCAGCAGCAGCAGCAGGGUGUGGUGAUAAAGGCUCAGGUGGUGGUUGCAGGGGUUGCUGGGGGUGCUUUCUUUCGUCUCCCUCUUAGCUAA